GACUGAUCAUGGUUGGUUCUCUUCCUCUUGCUCUUCUAGCUUUCGCAUUUCUGAAGUGUUACAACCGCUUCCCUCUGGUUCAGACUGAUCCGUCAGAGGUACUUCCGAACAGCUUGAUCCAGCGCUGGGUGCCGUCUCUGAUGGCUCGGCAGGCGGCUCAAUACAUGGCCCAAAUCUUGCAAGAAACUGGAGCGUCGGCGGGGUUGAAGACUACAAAUCGUGGUAGUACUGAACUUUCAAUUCCGUAGCUCAUACAUGCCAGAGAUAACUUACUCUUUUACAUCAGUGAACAGGAAUUCGGCCAUGUUUGAAGUCGGUCCAAGUUGUGAUCCGAUCUUCCACCCAGUCUUACCAAAGUGCCACAGCAUUGCGGAGAUGCGACAACGCCACUAAGAUCACUUGAGCAUCUUCAAGAAGAAACCC